CAUAGUGCACCAUCUAUCUCUACUGCUGUACCACAAUUGGCUGCGAGCAGCGUCGCUCAAACGACAAAUCCUCUCAAGUCCUUACUUCCUCCUCUGCUCUUUGCGUGGGCGGCGCUGCGCGGUACCGUCUCCACAAUCCCUCUCUUCUCCCUCCCACGCACCCUCCUGCCCUUGACUCUUACGGCUCGUAGGAGGAGGGGGAGAUGAAGCCGUAAUCUGUUCCUGUUUUGAGGUUGCAGCGACCGAUAUCUGUGUGUUUUCCGCUCCAUCCCUCCGGACUGUUUCUCCAUGCCCGUGCCGCAGCUCAGAUGGGGGCAGACUUAAGUGCAGCAGCGGUUGUCUGGCACGUUAACGCGCGCGGCAGGUCUCUCUGGCGGGCCAUCCCGAACACGGGAUGCUGAACGGGAGCCGCGAGGGUUUGUUUGAACUGGGCAGGCAGCUCCAGCAGGAAGGAGACUCACAAGCUGCUCUGCACUGCUUUUUGAGCUGCCUGCUGGGACUCACACAUGUGCAGAGCUUCCACUCGCUUCCCAACUGCCUGCAUCAGAUCGCUGAACUCUACAUUGAUGACAAGAACUAUGGGAAAGCUCUACAGUUUAUUCAGGCGGAGAAGAUGUUUUACGAAGUGGCAUUGAUCGAGCUCACCUCACUGCAGGCCAGCACAGGGUCUCAGGAAGACGGACCAUUGGGAACGUCAGGAUGUCUGUCUCAAGAGGAGUUAUCAGAACAGGCUACACAGGCCCAGGAUCUUGAGAGACUGGCUCAGCUCUGCAUCAUGAGCAAAAGACCUCACCUUGCUUUAGAAUACAGUGGCAAGGCCACUAAAAUCCACCAGAGGGCUUUUGGUAACGAUCACCCUAUCACAGCCCGGAGUCUGGAGCUGCUAGCCACUGUCUAUGCAGAGAUCGGCAAAACAGAAUAUACAAAUUCAUUGGGAGAGUGUGUGUCGACUCUUUCCAAAAGGUUCUCAGCCACCGAGUCAUUCAGUGACGCUCUGAGUAGCAUCUCUCAUAGCCAUAAGGACAGACACUCUGAGCUGCGACACAGAAAAGAGCCAUACAUACAACAGGAAACUCCUAAAACAAAGGUCACAAAUGAAAAACUGCCCACCUCUAUUCUGAAAAGGUCCAACAUGAGCAAUGUGGAGUCAGACUUAUUGCGCAAGCGAAAAACCGAGAGGCGGGUUCGCUUCAGAGAGCCGGAGAUCACUGUUCAUGACAUUCCAUACUAUGACUGUUUAGGAGUCUAUGACACUCCCCAGAGCCGUUUGCACCUGACCCUGCUCACCUGCCUGUUCCUGCUUCUGUCUGCGCUGGGUCUAGCACUGUACUGCACGGACCGCCGGAGACCCCAGCGUGCCUGCGAAGAGCUGCAGACGGCACUGGCUGUGUACCUGCUUCAGUUCAAACAGAUCGUCUGGGCCUGCUGGAUCUGGCUGACCAUGCAAUGACCAUAACUGACCACACGGGCCAGCAACAGUCAGGAAAAAAAAACAAAAAACAUAAAAGGUCAGGAUGUUUUUUGAAUGACUGUGGAGGAAAUUGAAGAUAAAGAAUGGUCCUCUUGUUUUUUAUUGCUUUAUUUUCACUGUUAUAAUCAGACUGGCCACCAGUCAAAUUUUCUGAGGAUGUUCAACAUCCACCUCUUUUAUUUUGUGGCUGAUUAAAGGCCAUGUGCUUUACACACCAUUAAGGUAUGGUGUGCCUUUUUGCCCUUUAUGGUGGCAUAGCUAAUGCCACAUCCUCAUUAUACUGAGCCGUGUAUAUUUAGAUCUCUGUAUGUAGCUGUUUUUCCUCGUAUAGCGGUUCUGGGUGAUAUGUUUUAAAGGAAUAGUUCACCAAAAAUGAAAAUUUGCUGAACAUUUACUCAUCCUCAGGCCAUCCGAUAUGUAGAUGAGUUUGUUUCUAUAUCGGAACAGAUUUGUAUAAAUUUAGCAUUACAUCACUUGCUCACCAGUGGAUCCUCUGUAGUAAAUGGGUGCCAUCAGAUUAUCAGACCCAAAAUCAGUCUGGCUUUACAGAUUGUGCACACUGUAUUCUCUAUGAACCAAUGUAUCACAUUUUAAUGUCCAAAACUACUUCAUUUAUUCAAUGCUUUUAUUUUUAAUGCACUUGCUGUACAUAAUGUGGUUGAAUGUAUCUGUGGAAUGCAAGACAAUGCUAUUUAUUUAACUAAUAAUCAAAUAGGUUUAGAAUACAAAUAUGCGUUUUAUGCAUUAAUCAAACAUGUAAAUGACACUAAUUAUUGUAUAGAAUAUAUUUCAAUGUAAAUGAGAAAAGAGAACUGGCACAAUUGACGACACCUUUAGCAUUUAUCUACUUUACAAGAAACGAAGGGCAAAGCUGUUCUGUUAAGCACAAACAUUUCCAUCUGCCAUUAAUUCUCUCAGAAAGAGAUAUAAGACUGUUGAAGGAUGAAUUGGCCAUAUAUUGUGUCAUGCACUGCUAGAUUCAACUGGCAAAUGAAAGAAUGCCAUUUUAAAUAGCUGAACGCUUUAUGAUACUCGCACUAUUUAAGUUUCUAUUUUACAUAAACCUUUACCAGCAUCUUGGCUUAAGCCUAAUAAUGGUGCAUUCAUUUGUUUUACUAUGUUUUAUAAGAAGUUUCUUUUUCUAUCUUUUUUUACUGUUCCACUCAAGUUUUACAUGUUUAGUCUCUUAAUCUUUCUUUAUAGAAACAGCUGUUCAGUAUCUAUUUUUCUAGUUUUUGGGCAAGCAUUUUCUAUCACAUUCUAUGAGCCUUUGGUUUCUAGUGUCAAAAUUGCUUAUUUUCCAUUAGCACACAAGUUAACAAUGCAUUGCUUGAAUUAAAGACAGUACACCCAAAA